UGCUUUUAACAACUUCGGGACAACCAGUCAACCCUCAUUCAUUCUUUCCCAAUUCUCACCAAUUCAACCUAAAACCCUAAAUUCCAUACACCCUCUCUUUCUAGAUUGAGUGUCCCCUUCAAUUCUGCACCGAAUUUCACUUUUCGAUGGAGAAAAAGUUAUACAAUUAAUACACAGAAGUUUCUUACUUCAACAAACUACCCUCUCUUUUCAAGCCUUCAAAGUUGUUGAGAAAAUGGGAAAUUUUCCGAACGCCUUUACCUUAAAUCCCCCACAAUUCUCAACCGUCUUAGUAUGGUUUGUUCAAUCAAUUCAUUACGACAAUGUGGGAUUCUCUUGGAAACCUCUUCGUGAGGACGCAGGAUAACGACGAUGAAGCGCUCAAAUUGGCUGCAUUGCAGAGGUCUCCGACUUUUGUUAGGGCUAGAACUUCUGUGUUUAGGAAUUUCGGAGGUGAGUUUACUCUUGUUGAUGUUAGUAAGCUUGAUGCUGAAGAGAAGAAGGUGGUGUUGGAUAAGUUGCUGCAUACAGUGAAUUCGAACCCUGGGCUGUUCUUUGAUAGGAUUCGACAGCGAUUCGAUAAUGUUGAUCUCAAAUUUCCAAAAGUGGAGGUGCGAUUUCAAAACCUGGAGAUAGAUGCAUUCAUUCAUGUUGGGAGCAGAGCUUUACCCACUUUGCCAAAUUCUGUAUAUAACAUGAGUGAGGCUUUCUUGAGGAAGUUGAGGAUUUUUCCUGGCAGAAGAAAGAAAUUAAGCAUUUUAAAUGAUGUUAGUGGCAUCAUUAGGCCUUCAAGAUUGACUCUCCUCUUGGGUCCCCCAAGCUCUGGGAAAACAACACUGCUUUUGGCUCUUGCAGGACGCCUUGGGAAUGGAUUAAAGUUAUCUGGAAAGAUCACAUAUAAUGGACAUGAAUUAAACGAAUUUGUGCCUCAAAGAACCUCUUCAUAUGUUAGUCAGAAAGAUUGUCAUAUGGCUGAGAUGACAGUUAGAGAGACUCUUCAAUUUGCAGAAUCUUGUCAAGGUUUUGGUUAUAAGCAAGAUAUGAUCAUGGAGCUUCUAAGAAGAGAAAAGAAUGCAGGAAUUAGACCAGAUGAAGAUCUUGAUAUAUUUAUAAAGACAGUGGCACUUGGUGAAGAUAAGACGAGUCUUGUUGUGGAAUACCUUAUAAAGAUUUUAGGAUUGGAUAUAUGCACAGAUACACUAGUAGGAGAUGAGAUGCGUAAAGGCAUAUCUGGAGGUCAAAUGAAACGGUUGACUUCAGGAGAACUACUAGUAGGGCCCUCAAGGGUUCUUUUCAUGGAUGAGAUAUCAACAGGGCUAGAUAGUUCAACCACAUAUCAAAUCAUCAAAUAUCUUAAGCAUUCAACUCGUGCCCUUGAUGGGACAGCUGUCAUCUCCUUAUUGCAACCAGAUCCUGAGACAUUUGAGCUUUUUGAUGACUUGAUUUUAUUAUGUGAAGGUCAAAUUGUCUACCAAGGACCUCGUAAUGCUGCUCUUGGUUUCUUUGCUUCUAUGGGCUUUCAUUGCCCAAAGAGAAAAAACGUUGCAGAUUUUCUUCAAGAGGUUACAUCAGUAAAAGAUCAAGAACAAUAUUGGGCACUCGAUGAGCAUUACAGUUAUGUUUCUGUUGAGAAGUUUGUAGAAGCAUUUCAAUCAAAUUUCCUUGGUCGAUCUUUAUCACGUGAUUUAUCUCUUCCAUUUAACACACACCGUAAUCAUCCAUCAGCUCUUUCUACCUCCACCUAUGGUGUUAACAGAAUGAAGCUACUCAAAAUUAGCUUUUCAUGGCAGAUGUUGCUACUAAAACGUGAUUCAUUUGUUUAUGUCUUCAAAUACUUUCAACUUAUGUUGGUUGUUAUAAUCAUGACAAGUGUGUUUUUUCGUACAACAAUGCAUCACAAUUCACUUGAAGAUGGAGGUGUUUAUCUUGGAGCUCUUUACUUUGCAAUAGUUAUGAUUUUGUUUAAUGGAUUCAUGGAAGUUCCAAUGUUGAUAGCUAAGCUUCCUGUUAUCUACAAGCAUAGAGAUUUACAUUUCUACCCCUGUUGGGUUUACACACUUCCUUCAUGGAUUUUAAGUAUUCCAUCAUCAAUUAUAGAAUCCGGUGUUUGGGUAAUUGUCACAUACUAUCUUGUUGGCUUUGAUCCUCAAUUUUCUAGAUGUUUGAAGCAGUUUGGAUUGUAUUUCUCUUUGCAUCAAAUGUCAAUAGGGCUUUUUCGUAUGAUGGGAUCUUUAGGAAGAAAUAUGAUAGUUGCUAAUACUUUUGGAUCUUUUGCUAUGUUGGUUGUUAUGGCACUUGGAGGAUUCAUACUUUCUAGAGGUAUAAAAUAUAAAUAUAAUUAUUUACAUCUCUCAAUAUUAUUAUUACUAAAUCAAAUUUUAACAAUUAUGAAUGUAGAUAGCAUUCCUGCUUGGUGGAUUUGGGGUUAUUGGGUUUCCCCUUUGAUGUAUGCUCAAAAUGCGGUUUCUGUGAAUGAAUUUUUAGGAGAUACUUGGGAUAAGGCAAGUGGAAACAACACAAACAUCCCUUUGGGGACAUUGUUAUUAAAAGUUAGAAGCUUGUUUCCGGAAGAUUAUUGGUAUUGGAUUGGAAUUGGGGCUUUACUUGGUUACACUAUUCUAUUCAACAUUCUCUUCACUUUAUUCCUUACAUAUCUCAAUCCUAUUGGAAAUCAACAAGUGGUUAUCCCUCGGGAAAAUACAAAGUCACAGAAGAAAAGAAAUGGGCUUGUAUCUGCUAUUAUUGAACUAAAAGAUUACCUACAUUGUUCACCAUCAUAUCCAGAUACUGAAGUCCAAAACCAAAGAGGAAUGGUUCUUCCAUUUCAAGCACUCACAAUGACCUUCCGAAACAUUAGUUAUUACGUGGACAUCCCAGGGGAGUUGAAGCAACAAGGUCUAUCAAAUGACAAACUACAAUUGUUAGUGAAUGUAACGGGAGCAUUUAGGCCAGGUGUCCUCACGGCAUUGGUCGGUGUUAGUGGUGCUGGUAAAACUACCCUUAUGGAUGUUUUAGCGGGUAGAAAAACGGGUGGGCAUAUCUCGGGUCAAGUAUUUGUUUCAGGGUACCCAAAAAAUCAAGAAACAUUUGCACGGGUUUCUGGUUAUUGUGAACAGAAUGAUGUUCAUUCCCCAUGUUUGACUGUUCAUGAAUCAUUAAUAUUUUCAGCUUGGCUUCGAUUGCCUUCUGAUAUCAACAUGAAAACAAGAAGGGAGUUUGUAGAAGAGGUUAUGGAGCUUGUUGAACUGAAUCCACUAAAAGGUGGUUUAGUUGGAUUACCUGGCGUUGAUGGAUUAUCAACAGAACAAAGAAAAAGACUAACAAUUGCUGUUGAAUUAGUUGCUAAUCCUUCUAUUGUCUUCAUGGAUGAGCCUACUUCUGGACUCGAUGCUAGAGCUGCUGCCAUUGUUAUGAGAACUGUAAGAAAUAUUGUCAACACUGGUCGCACCAUUGUUUGCACCAUUCAUCAACCCAGCAUUGAUAUUUUUGAAUCAUUCGAUGAGUUGUUACUGAUGAAACAUGGGGGGAAGCUGAUUUAUGCUGGACCUUUGGGGACUGGGUCCCACAAAGUUAUUCAGUUUUUUCAGGGAGUAAAAGGAGUUUCCAAGAUCAGAGCUGGAUAUAAUCCUGCUGCAUGGAUUCUUGAGGCCACUUCAACAACAGAAGAAAAUCGACUUGGUGUAGACUUUGCUCAAGUUUAUCGUCAAUCAGAUCUAUAUCUGCAAAACCAAGAAUUAGUUGAUAACUUAAGCAAACCAGAUAGAAAUUCAAGGUUGUUGACCUUCCCAACCAAAUAUUCUCAGACAUUCUUAGGCCAGUUUGUCGCAUGCCUUUGGAAGCAAAAUCUAUCUUACUGGCGGAACCCACAAUACACAGCUGUACGCUUUUUCUACACAGUCAUCAUCUCAUUAAUGUUCGGGACUAUGUGCUGGAAAUUCGGUACUAAAAGGGAAACACAACAAGACAUUUUUAAUGCAAUGGGAUCCAUGUAUGCAGCAGUCUUAUUCAUCGGAAUCACCAACGCCUCUUCCGUCCAACCAGUUAUUUACAUCGAACGCUCCGUUUCCUACCGUGAAAGGGCGGCCGGAAUGUAUUCCGCCUUACCUUUUGCAUUUGCACAGGUUGCGAUAGAGUUCCCGUACGUGUACGUACAGUCGCUCGUCUACAGUGUUAUCUUCUACUUUCUAGCUUCAUUCGAAUGGAAUAUGAUGAAGCUUUUUUGGUACGUAUACUUCAUGUUCUUCACGUUGCUGUACUUCACUUUCUUUGGAAUGAUGACAAUCGCUGUCACCCCCAACCACAACAUCGCCGCCAUAGUUGCCGCCCCUUUUUACAUGCUUUGGAAUCUUUUUAGCGGAUUCAUGGUUGUCCGAAUGAGGAUUCCUAUAUGGUGGAGAUGGUAUUAUUGGGCUAAUCCAGUGGCUUGGAGUUUAUAUGGGCUGCUGACAUCACAAUAUGGAGAUGUGGAUGAUCUUUUGAAACUUGCUGAUGGGUCCCACUCGGUCCCAUUGAAACAGUUUCUUGAAGAUCAGUUUGGUUACAGACAUGAAUUUUUAGGUGUUGCUGCAACUGCUGUGGUGGGUUUCUGUUUGCUUUUUGCACUUGUGUUUGCGUUUACAAUGAAAUCCUUCAACUUUCAAAGGAGAUGAAGGCUUUUAAUGGAUCUUGGCUCUAACAAAUGAGCUCGAAUAAUGCAAUUUUGUUUCAACAUAAAUAUACGAAAAAAGACUAGUGGAAGGAUCACAUACAGAUGAUAAAGGAUAAAUCCAACGAUAAUAAUUAUACGUUUUAUAAUUUGAACAAUAUUUUGGGUUUGAGUUUUAGAGGGAUUUAUGUAUUGUGGCUAUUUGUAUAUGGUACUGAAAUGGAUUUUAGGGUUAAGUCAUGUGAAAUCAAGAUUUUAAUUAAGUGUUCAAAACGAGAAUUUUAUAAGAUCGAUUAUAAAAUUAUACUAA